AUGUCUACCAUAGAAAACUUUAACAAAGUCAAUGGCAUUACUGUCGAUGGAGGACAGAGACUCCAACUUGCUGUCCAUAACUCGGAGGGUUGUUUUCAGGAAGCACUUCUCUGGACUCGAAUUCGCCAUUUCUUACGAGAACCGUUCUCAGAGUUCUUUGGGACUUUGGUCAUGAUACUGUUUGGCGACGGCGUUGUUGCUCAAGUAACGUUGAGCCAGGACCAGAGAGGUGACUACCAGUCUAUAUCAUGGGGUUGGGGAAUCGGCGUCAUGUUAGGAGUAUAUGCCAGUGGCAUAUCAGGAGGACACAUCAAUCCAGCAGUGACAUUUGCAAAUUGUCUGUAUCGGAAAUUUCCCUGGCGCAAAUUCCCAAUAUACAUGCUCUCCCAAAUACUAGGAGCCAUGUCGGGAGCCGCGAUUGUUUACGCCAACUACAAAUCUGCUAUUGAUGCAUACGAAGGAGGAUCAAACAUUCGCACGGUGCCUGGGUACUCGAAGAAUGCCACUGCAGGAAUAUUCUGUACUUAUCCGGCACCAUUCAUGACUAAAACCGGGCAAUUCUUUUCCGAGUUCAUCGCUAGCUCAAUACUAAUGUUCAUAAUUUUCGCAAUCAAAGAUAACAAGAACAUCGGUGCCGGCCCAUUGACACCACUGGCUCUUUUCUUCCUUGUCUUCGGCAUCGGUGCUUGCUUUGGUUGGGAGACUGGGUAUGCUAUCAAUCUUGCUCGUGACUUUGGCCCAAGACUUGUCAGUUGUAUGAUAGGCUAUGGGCAUAAUGUCUGGACUGCCGGGAAUUAUUACUUCUGGGUUCCAAUGGUUGCACCUUUCUGUGGUACUGCAUUCGGUGGCUGGCUUUAUGACAUGUUUCUCUACGUUGAUGAGAGUCCUAUCAAUACCCCUUGGAUCGGUGUGAAAAGGGCACUAUUCUUCAACCAACAGAAAACGAGGACAUGA